CCGCUCUGACGUCACACGCCCGCGCCGCCGCCCGGCCACCCGCGCUGGCGCCGCGCGUGUGCGGCGGUAACGGGCAGCGGUUCUGGGAAAGAUGACCACUCUCACGCGGCAGGACCUUAACUUUGGGCAAGUGGUUGCAGAUGUUCUUUCAGAAUUUCUGGAAGUCGCUGUGCACCUUAUCUUAUAUGUCAGAGAAGUUUACCCUAUUGGGAUCUUUCAGAAGAGGAAAAAAUACAAUGUACCUGUCCAGAUGUCCUGCCACCCGGAGCUGAACCAGUACAUCCAGGACACGCUGCACUGUGUGAAGCCACUGCUCGAGAAGAAUGACGUGGAGAAAGUUGUAGUUGUAAUCCUGGAUAAAGAGCACCACCCUGUGGAGAGAUUUGUCUUUGAGAUCACCCAGCCACCCCUCCUUUCCAUUAGUUCAGAGUCCCUGCUGUCCCAUGUGGAGCAGCUACUGCGUGCCUUCAUCCUGAAGAUCAGCGUGUGCGAUGCUGUGCUUGACAACAACCCCCCAGGUUGCACCUUCACGGUUCUGGUUCACACACGGGAGGCUGCCACACGGAACAUGGAGAAGAUCCAGGUGAUAAAGGAUUUCCCGUGGAUCCUCGCUGAUGAACAAGACGUGCACAUGCAUGAACCCCGGCUUAUUCCCCUGAAAACAAUGACAUCUGAUAUCUUAAAGAUGCAGCUAUAUGUAGAAGAGCGAGCCCACAAAGGCACUUGAUUUCAAAUCUUCCUUGCCUUCAAGCCUCAUCUGAUCUUCCAGUGGAAUAAGAUCUCUCACAAACCAUACCUUGACAACUGUCUCUUCAGCUGGCCUUCUGGGUGAAUGUAGAGCAGCUGCUGCCUCUUUAUUUCAAGUGCUCUUACCACUGUAUAUAGAACUGACUUGGAAUGUGGAGCCACAGCCUGUUCCCAUGUACAUUCAUGUGUGAGUAUAGGUUUUGUUACCGUGACCCCCUGGGGGCAGGAUAUAGGUGACUGCAGCGUGCAGCUCGUGCUUUGUACAAAUCUAGUUCUCACCUUAAUAGGGCAUCUCCAUUGCCCACUGGUGGUGAUACACAGCGAUCUGUUACGUGCUCCGCUGCAGCAAUGGACUCGUGCCGAGGGUGAGUGAGGCCUUACGUAGUGUCUGUCCACUGUGACUGUCCUGAGUAGUCUUCAAUAAAUAUUAAAUUUUA